ACGUCACGACAUUCUCAGAGGUGAAAAAAAAACUGCCUCGGCGGACUGCUCUCCCACUUAUGGUUUUCUCUGGGGUUUGAUAGCGAAAGGGAAGACGGAACCACCGUAAGCUGAAAGUUGUUUGCUUAUUAGUGAAGAGUUGCAGGUUCGAGCACGAUGUCCGCCUCAGCUAUUUUUGUGUUGGACCUGAAGGGAAAGGUGCUGAUAUGUCGGAACUACAAAGGCGAUGUGGACAUGGCAGAAAUCGACCACUUCAUUCCUUUGCUCAUGCAACAGGAAGAGGAAGGCAUGAUCUGUCCUGUGAUAACACGUGGCACCGUGCACUUCAUGUGGAUCAAACACAGCAACCUGUACCUUGUGGCAACCACGAACAAGAACUCAAACGCUUCCCUGGUUUACUCAUUUCUUUACAAACUGGUUGAGGUGUUUACGGAGUAUUUUAAAGAACUGGAGGAGGAGAGCAUUCAGGAUAAUUUUGUGGUUGUCUAUGAGCUUCUGGAUGAGCUGAUGGACUUUGGAUUUCCUCAGACUACUGACAGCAAAAUCCUACAGGAAUACAUUACUCAGGAGGGGACGAAGUUAGAGGUGGCAAAGACCAAGGUGCCGACCACAGUGACCAAUGCCGUCUCCUGGCGGUCAGAAGGCAUCAAAUACAAGAAGAACGAGGUCUUCAUUGAUGUCAUAGAGUCCAUCAAUGUACUGGUGAAUGCCAAUGGCAGUGUGAUGAGCAGCGACAUUGUGGGCAGCAUCAAGCUGAAGACCAUGCUGUCUGGGAUGCCUGAACUGCGUCUCGGUCUCAACGAUCGUGUGCUUUUUUCUCUCACUGGCCGUGACAAGGGGAAAACGGUGAUGAUGGAGGAUGUGAAGUUCCAUCAGUGCGUCCGUCUCUCACGCUUUGACAGCGAUCGUACCAUCUCCUUCAUUCCUCCUGAUGGAGAGUCUGAACUGAUGUCUUAUCGCAUCAAUACUCAUGUGAAACCAUUGAUAUGGAUCGAAUCUGUGAUAGAAAAAUUUUCUCACAGUCGAGUGGAAAUCAUGGUUAAGGCAAAGGGGCAGUUUAAAAAGCAAUCUGUGGCAAAUAAUGUUGAGAUUCGGGUCCCAGUCCCCAGUGAUGCCGAUUCACCCAAGUUCAAAACCAGCACAGGGAGUGCUAAGUAUGUGCCUGAGAAGGACCUGGUGCUUUGGACCAUCAAGUCCUUUCCUGGAGGAAAAGAGUUUCUCAUGAGAGCUCACUUUGGGUUACCCAGUGUUGAAAAGGACGAGCUUGAAGGCAAACCUCCCAUUACUGUUAAAUUUGAAAUCCCAUACUUUACAGUGUCAGGAAUUCAGGUUCGGUAUAUGAAAAUCAUUGAAAAAAGUGGCUACCAGGCUUUACCCUGGGUGCGCUAUAUAACACAAAGUGGAGAUUACCAGUUGAGAACAAAUGCCUAAGUAAAGCCUGCAAGAUGCUUUACUGCAUAUCUCCAGGACUUCCAGAAGAGCACAAUGAAUUUUACCUUUUAUCUGCACCUGAAGAAUUUCUUUAAUUUACUUCUUUUUUGUGUGUUUUAACUGUUUUAUAUUAAAUCUCCAUGCAAUUUGAUUUUAUUGUCACCUUUUCAGAUCUUUUUAAAAUUGUUGAAAUAAGAUUAUUCCUCUGAAAACAA